GCGCUUGGUGUUGCCAUGGGGACGAGCACCCUCCGCGGGCGGUUUCCGCGCCUGGGGACUGCGUCCUCCGCUGGGAGGCAUCCCUCCCGGGUCCUAGCCAUGGCGCAAGAGGCUGAGAACUGCGACCCCAUUGGAACCAUCUUAAUCCAGGUCCAUGAAGACCUUUAUCAGUUAAAGGAGAAAUUAACAAACUUCCCACUUGAGGAAAAAGGAGAGACUUUAGACAUUCGGAAUCUUGAAACAGCAAUCAAAAGGACUGAAGUGGGGUUAAAAAUUCACAUUGAGAAGUAUUUAAAUGUUGUAAACCAACACGUGUUAACGAUUCCUGUUAACGAUGAUAGCGUAUUUUCUCCUCACACUUCCAAAUGGUUGCUUCCAGCUGUAAUUGAUCAGAAAUUAUUUAUUUUCCCUCUGGAAUCUGAGGGUAAACUUUGGAAACCCCAAAAACAGCACAGUACAUUUCCACAUCCCUUUCCAAGAGUAAAGCGAAAGAUAGGGUUGGAUGUAAGAAUCAUGCAGGAUCCUGAGAACAUCCGCCACAGAGCUGCUGUCAAAGCCAACUAUGGAAUCAGUUUGCCACACAUUAAUCAGAGAAAAGCAAGUGUGAAGGUUCAGAAGUUAAUAAAAGGGUCCACCACUUCCAACCUCACGGUUCUGCCAGCUUCUCAUCGCACAAGUCCCUAUUUCAUCCCCGUACCGGUCUUACAAGAGGACGCCAGUAAAGGGGUUUUAAGUAUGAUAGAGCGAGGAUUGAUUCCACCAACAGCAAGGAUUACCUUUCAGAAUCCACCCGUUUUACCAAGAGCGGCUCCUCUGCAUAAUUUUGGUGAAGCACAUAGGAUUCCAGCUGCCGCCCCUUUUGCUGCAUCUCGGAAAUCACAGCAGACUCCAGCAGAAGUGAAGAUCUCUCCCAAGAAACAAAGAUCGAAGGGGAAAGGCAAAAGGUCAAGAGGACAUCAUGAUAAGAAGGCCAUGAAAGCCACAAUAUCUUCUAGGGCUCUGAAGUCACCGUGGGAUUAUGACUUUUUCAUUUAUAACGGCGUCAUAGACAAGACAGCCCCGGACUUCUUAGCAUUCAAGGAAUAUUUUAGUUUCUCUUGGGGAAGUAUUUUUUCUCUCUUGGAGCACAUCGAGCAGUUUCUCAGGGACUAUGCAAUCCCGGAAGUCAAGAUAAAAGGCGAUAGUUUGGUAGCUCUCCUUCCCGACUUUGAGCUGAAGAAUAGACUCAGCAGAAGUGACCUUCUCUCAGUGUUAGAGGACCCAGCUCACGUCCAAAAGUUGUUAAACCUUCCGGGGCAAAGGUACAAGGGCCAAGACGGAAAGGUAAAGGCUGUUGCCAAGAUCCAAGCCACGUGGAAAUGCUACAAAGCAAGAAAAUUCUUCCUCACUUAUCGCCAGCAGAAGUGGGCGUCAGGGGUGAUCGCCAUUGCCUGGCUCCUACACUGCCAUAAGUCCCGAGUGAAGAAGAUCCUGAAGGAGUCUCGGGAAAGACACCUGGAGAAUUUCCGCAUCCGAGCCAAGCAUCUGGCAGCCAACUGGAAUCGCAUCAGGACCUCCAGGAGGACUAUUAUCCAUAUCCCAUCAUUAGGAUAUUCCCGGCCUGUGCGACAAAAUAUUGCCGACUUCAACACACAGCAGAACAUGCAGCUGGGGAGGCUGUGUGACAUCUUAGAUGCCAACGUGAGCGUCAUCUACAUCUGCUCCCAUCCAAUGAGUGACGAGCUACUGCAGUAUUACAAUAAAAUCCUGAGUCUACAGGCAGCUGUCAAAUCUGGGAACCUGAAGGACAGAAGUGACCUGCAGGACAGGUUCAAAAUUAUCACCCCUGAAGCUGUGAACAUCUUCACUAAGCAUCGUAUGUGUCUGGCCACUCUCCUAAUGUACAGUCCCAAGGCAAUGAAAAGAAUAAAAAAUCUCAUCCAGGGAAAAGACGCCUACAUCGUCGGUGGGUUCCUCCACAGAGAUGAUUUAGCUGUGGCGGAUAUGUUAAACAUACCCAUCCUGGGCCCGGAACCUGAGCUGGCUCAUCUUUAUAGUACCAAGUCCGGAAGUAAACGGAUCUUUGAAAGCGCCAAUGUGCCAGUCCCUCCUGGAAUAUAUGACAUCUUUAGUCACCAACAGAUGAUAGAACAGCUGAGUCAGCUGAUUACCGAUCACCUGGAAAUCCAGCGCUGGCUCUUUAAAAUGGACUGUGAGCUCAGAGGAAAUGGGACUGCAUUCUGUGACAUUCCUUCCCACCUAAAGUGCUACAAGUGGAUCCUAAAGGAGAGGGGCAAAUAUGGCCGUGAAGACUGGAGCAAGAAAUGGGCCCAAGAGCCAGCUUUGGUGAAGAUCUCCGAGGAGCUGGCGGGCAUUUUAGCACAGCACGCACAGCCAGUCAAUGAGAAACGGUUCCCGACGUGGGGGAAAUUCUUCCAAACAUUUCUCAGUCAAGGAGGCGUGGUCGAAGCGUACCCACCUGCAGAAAGCAUCACCAACCUGACGGUGGACAUGCUGAUAGAGCCCAACGGAGAGAUCCAGCUGCUGUCAACGGGGGACCAGUUUCAUGCCGAUGGCCCCUUCAUCUCCUCUGGAACCACCGUGCCUCAGGCCUCGGUGGAUCCCCAAGUCCUCAGUUCUUUGUGCCUCCAAAUUGGAAAUGCUUGCAAAAUGAGAAAUGUGGUUGGUUACCUUUCUAUAGACCUGGUGACUUUUAUUCACCCCAAGACCAUGGAACAGCAGGUGUGGGCGACAGGCCUCAAGCUCUCCUACAGUGACCAGCUGGCCCUGACUCAGCUCACCUUAUACCUGACCAACGGCCAUCUGGAUUGCAGUCUAAGCACUCUUAACGUGCCCUGCUUUGUCCCCAAGAAAGAGAAGAAAACGAGACGCCUUAAUGCCCCAUCAGUGCCGUCGCUGGCAGCCAGCCGCUAUGCAAUGAUGAGCACCCAGCUGAAGCACAACAAUCUCUCGCUGGUUUUCCACUAUGUUUUUCUCCAGAUGUGUAAGGCCCACGGCAUCGGCUAUGACAUUGAGGAAAGACAAGGAACUGUUUUUAUAUUAUACGAACACCUGAAGAGAGACAAGUUUGGAAUGUUAACAAUCGGUGAGAAUCUCCAGGGGGUCCUCGUGACCUUUGCUCGCAAUCUCUUCAUCAUCCAUCAAGAAAUAUCAGCACCUAAUAUGCAAGGCGAGACCAAUUUUAAGACCGCCAUUGAUGAUAUUGAAGACAUUCUAGGAGUAACGGAGGAAAACAAAUUGAGAUUUCAAGAAGAGCUACAGUCCAAAGAUGACAAAAACCUCUCUAAAUCUGAUAAAUGAAUGAUCCUGGAAUCCAUUGCUGAUUUUGGAUUCCAAUCUGAAGCGAGCUUUCCUUUUGCUGUUAGGAAUAAAAGGGGGAAAGUUAGGUUGCUUUGUUUGCUGGGAAGCGUUAUCAGAACGGGUUACAAUCUAAUGCUCUUUUGAAAAAAUUGUUUAUUAAGUGAUCUUAUUUUACUUAUUAAACCAAAACCUAUUUGUGUUUUCACUUGAGAGUGUUGAACAAUCUCUCUUCCCAAACUCAGGAAGAAAUAGUCUAACAAGAAAGUUACAAGACUUACUAAUGUUGCUUCUGCAUCAACCUCUUUAUAAACUUCAGGAUUAUGGAGAUUUUGUUUUAUAAAGUUUUCUCCUCUUAUUGUUAAUAGUAAUUUGUCUUCUGCAUUUAAAAAAUUGAAUGAAGGCUUAAGCAUUGCUAUUUGGCAAAACACAAAUGUCUUUUCUUUUUCAAGAAAAUUACAUUUGUAUGGACUUUUAAAGCAACUCUUUAUCAUUCAUUGUAUUUUUAUUGUACCAAGCCACUGUUGUUUGUUGUUGCCAUUUUUCAAAAAGUAAGGUAAGCCAACAUCUAGUUAACUAAAGCAUCAGAAUUUAUCUAGGUGGCAGUAUCUGCUCUUAGUUUAAGAUAUAGUGUAACUCAAGCCCUCUAGCUUGAAUAAACAUUCGUACUCUCUAGUUCUCCAUUUAAUACAGCAGUAGAAUAUUUACAAGCUUAAUUCAACAGUACCUUUUAAGGGGCAAAUUGUUAAAAUUAUGCAGUGCUGACACUAACUCUCCGCAUUUGCUUCGUAAUUAUUCAAAAUAUUUCUACAUCACCCAGCUUUACGAAAGGGUGAAUAUGCAAGUCACAACACCAAAAUCACGUAGUUGUUUUAAAGAAUGACCUUUAUAUCUUUAAAAAUACUUGAGUGCGUUGAGGAAAGGAGGGGGAUUUCUUUACCUAUGGAAUUUCAAUAAUUUUUAACUGUGCCUCAGCCACAGGCUGAGUUUCUACAAUAAAAUUAACAUUUGUUGUGUGUGUGAGCUUUUGUUUUGCUAUAGUUGGAAAUACAUUAAUUAGCCAGGUUUCCUGUCUGUGCUAGGUACAAGGAUGACCUCUUUUUCUUGCCAGAUCGCUCUAGUCCAUAUGAGGGGCCCAUUGUCCAGACACUUGACGGAUAGGAAGUACUACAUGCCCAUUAGAGCCUCG